UCUGCUCCUCCUCUCGUUGACAUAUCCAUCGGCCUCCUUGUCCAGGUGACGCUGCUCAAAGAAGAGAAAUACGAAACUGGUUAUCGUCUCAGUCAAUCGCUACUCCUUUACAUUCGAGCUGCAAACAACCGCAAGUUUGAUCCAAUUGCCUCGAAAAUCUACUUUUACUAUGCUCGCUUUGCAGAACUGCUCAAUCUUGCCGAGGAGAUUCGUCCAACUCUGCUGCAAGCACAGCGUACGGCAACCCUCCGGCACGACAAUGCUUCUCUGGCGAUGCUCAUCACACUGCUGUUGAGGAACCAUUUGCUUUUCAAUGAUGUGAUGGGAGCAGACAAGCUCAUCAGCAAGACGACGUUCCCGACCGCUGCCCCGAAUGCUGUCAUUGCACGGUAUCUCUACUACGUUGCCCGCGUGCGCGCAAUUCAACUUGACUACUCGAGCGCGAGCGACUAUUUAACAAAUGCUAUUCGCAAAGUCGAUAUGAAUGCACACACGGCUGGCUUUUUACAGUCAGUGCACAAGCUCAACUUGGUCGUGCAACUCUUGAUUGGAGAGAUUCCGGCCAAGAGCGAACUCAAGCAACCAUUCUUGGAGAAGUCGCUGCGCCCAUAUGCCGCAUUGGUGAAUGCUGUGCGGAAGGGAGACUUGACAGAGUUUGCCAAGGUAAUGCAGACACACAAUGAGGCAUUCUCCAAGGACGGCAAUGCCUCACUCGUCGCUCGACUGCGAAACAAUGUGCUCAAGACGGGCAUCCGCUCAAUAAGCUUGUCCUACUCCCGCAUCUCUCUCAAGGACAUUUGUCUCAAACUCGGCUUGUCGAGCGAGGAGUCUGCGGAGUACAUUGUGUCAAAGGCAAUUCACGAAAACAUCAUCAGUGCAACACUCUCUCACGAACAGGCUCAAUUGUUGAGUGCGCCUCCUGUUGACAUCUACAGCUCAGAUGCACCACAACAUGGCUUCCACGAGCGCAUCAAGUUUUGCCUUGAGCUGCGUAAUGAGAGUGUGCGGGCUAUGCGUUUCCCUGAAGACACGAGCAGAAAGGCCGUACUCGAGCUCGAGGAGGAGCGCAGACGGCUGGAGGAGAGCUAUGGCGACUUGGAUUCAGACGAUGAGAUUGAUGAGUUGUAG